AAUCCAUCCCGCCCACGCUAAGUCCAGCCCUCCAGACGCCGUCAGGCCGCAACCUCCCACUUCCACCCUCCCACCUCGCGGCCCCAUCCACACCCCGCCUCCUCUCGCCCCGCUCGACACAUGUUACAUUUCGAGCAACGGGCAGACGGCGGCUUCACCGCGACCUACAACGCGACAGCAGAUCAGACGGCUUGGGAACCUCACUGGCCGCCCGUGGAACUGCUCUGGGGGUAUAUGAUUCUGCUGCACUUUGCCCGACUGCUGCCCAUCGACCCGCUCGUGUUGCACUUUUUGAGCGUCGUGUGGAAGUUUAUGCCCAAUACUGCGACGCCGGUUGUCACGGAGGGGUAUCAAGCGAUUGGAGGGUCUGCGUUUUGGUGAUUUCUUGCCGGACUUGGUUGCCUUGGAACGGCGGCAUCAUCAGCUUCGAAUUUCACACACCGACGACAACAUGUCGGAGAAGGUGUCCUCGUACUUGGGCAAUUUGCUCACGCAAACAACCACCCACUACAAGCAAAUCCGGCGCACGCUCCUCUCUAACGAAGAAGACGGCGACACGGAAGACGACUCUCACAUCACCCGAGUGCUCCGAGCAUACUACACGGAGAAAGGCCGGCCCUUUCCACCAUGGCUCCCGCCAGACCCCAACGAAAGCAGACGAACCCUCACGCCCCAGCCAUAUAUGCAAGCCGCAUCCGGCUACUUCAACGCCGCCACCGGCGCCGCCCGCCCCGCCAUGGCCAGCGUGCAACAGCAAAGCCAAGUCUCGACCAGCCAGCGAAGCAGCUUGAGCGACUUGUGGGAUCCCCCAGCCCAGCAAGGCGCCGGUGCGGGCCCACUGCAACCCCAGAGUCUGCGCAGUGUGCGCCGACAGCCUGCAGCGCCGACUAGUUAUUCUUCAGGUGGCAAUCUCGCUCCUCCCCCCGCACAAGCGCGGCCCUUGCCUUCGCAGCGCGCGGGCUCGUAUCAGAGUAUGCAAUCGCAGCAGGCGCCUAGUCGGCCGUCUUUCGAUCCUACCCCGCCGUCGAGCAGUGGUGGAGGGACUGCGCAGGACAGACUGAAGGCGAGGUUAUGGGGCAGUGGUGCUGGUGCUGGUACUGGUGGAGGCAGGUCAGGCAGCCCCGCGAAUGCUGGCUAUCAGCCGCAGGGCGGUGGGUCUUCCUAUGGAUCUGGGGGAGCGUAUCGGUAGCAUCCCUCAGCCGUAUGUCGAAACAGUUCGUGCAUGCCGUGAGCAUGUGCAGAACGGCGGCAGAGGGCCCAGCAGGUCUGACUUGUUCUGAAGAAGCUACCUAUUGGUACCCCGACACCGAAAUGAAGUUACGCACACAGUUACUCGUUACGCCUACUCAUCGUGUUUCGCUCUCCUGCUCAUCUGCCGAAGUCUCGAUCCGUGCUGGCUGUGCAUUAAUAAGAAGGCGCUGAUGAUGGGUACAGCUG